AUUAAGAGGAAGUCAAGCUCAACCUAUCAAUAAUGCACCACUCUUUUCGACCCUAAUCUAAAUGUCCAAUUAUUUUUCCCAGUAAUCUUUCUUUUUCUGGGCAAGUAAAGUAUAUUUCUUGCUGGUUCCUAGAGAAUUGGUUGGUUCUCUUUGAUGGGUUAGCUUUUCUUAUUUUCCAUUACCGGUCAUCAACUCAAGGUAUGUAAAAUAAUAGCUCCCUAUGUAGUUCUGUACAAGUUAUGGAAUGCUUGUAUCUUUCUGAAUCUUUGUUUUGGUCCCUCUCUAAAGCGUGAAAUCUUUGCUCCAGCUAGUGAUGUUGUGAGUGCUGCAAGCCUACAGCCAGGCUUAUUGUUUUCAAUUCCAUUUCAUGGUUAUGGAGAAAACAUCAUAUGAUUUGUUAAUUACCAUAAAUAUUGUUCUUGUUACUGCACUUAUGGCUUAUGGAUCUGAGGGGCUUAAUGAUGAGGGUCAAUACCUUCUAGAAAUAAAGAGUAGAUUAGUUGACAGAUUUGAUCAUCUUAGUAGUUGGAAUUCCAAUGAUUUCACGCCUUGCGGAUGGAGGGGGGUGAAUUGCAGCAACGGAUACAAUCCGGUGGUUUUGUCUCUUAACUUGAGUUCAAUGAAUCUUUCUGGUUCUUUGUCUCCGAGCAUUGGUGGAUUGGUUCACCUGAAUCAUCUUGACCUUUCUUUCAAUGAAUUGUCUCGGAAUAUACCUAAAGACAUUGGAAGCUGUUCAAGUUUGGAGGUUCUACUUUUAAACAACAAUAAGUUUGAAGCUCAAAUUCCCAAAGCAUUUGGUAGACUUUCUUCUUUACAAGUAUUGAAUGUCUGUAAUAAUAGAAUAUCAGGGCCCUUCCCUGAAGAGAUUGGAAAUCUUUCUUCCAUGUCCCACUUGGUUGCAUACACUAAUAAUAUUAGUGGACCACUGCCGAGUUCUAUUGGCAAUCUCAAAAGCUUGAGGACUUUCCGGGCAGGGGAGAACUUGAUAUCAGGAAGCUUACCUACAGAAAUAGGUGAAUGUGAGGGCUUGGAGUAUCUUGGUCUAGCUCAAAAUCAGUUAAGCGGAGAAAUACCUAAAGAGAUUGGAAUGCUUGAGAAUUUGACGGCUUUGAUUCUUUGGAAUAAUCAGCUUUCUGGGGUUAUUCCAAAGGAGCUUGGCAACUGUACAAAUUUGGGAACUCUGGCUCUGUAUGAGAACAAACUUGUGGGAGAGAUACCAAAGGAGCUUGGAAGCAUUGUGUUUCUAGAGUACUUAUAUCUUUACAGAAAUAUGUUGAAUGGGACCAUUCCAAGAGAGAUUGGUAAUCUCUCUCUAGCAAAAGAGAUUGAUUUUUCUGAGAACUUCUUGUCAGGAGACAUACCAUUUGAGCUCAGUAAGAUAGCGGGGUUGCAGCUGCUUUAUCUUUUUGAGAACCAACUCACAGGUGUUAUUCCAGAUGAGCUCACAACUUUGACAAACCUGACUAGGCUCGACCUCUCUAUCAAUUUUCUCACUGGUUCAAUUCCUACUGGAUUCCAAUACAUGACUGAAUUGAUGAUGCUACAAUUGUUCCACAAUUUUCUGAGUGGCAUAAUUCCUCAAGGACUUGGAGUGUAUAGUCCACUCUGGGUGGUUGACUUAUCUGAAAACCUCCUAACAGGAAGAAUUCCUCGUCAUCUCUGCAAAAAUUCUAUUAUGAUCCUGUUAAAUUUGGAGUCUAACAGGCUCACUGGGAACAUACCAACUGAUAUCACAGGCUGUAAGUCAUUGGUACAGCUUCGUCUAGUUGGAAACAACCUUACAGGGACUUUUCCAUCUGAAAUGUGCAAACUCCCUAACCUUUCUACGGUUGAGUUGGGUCAGAACAAGUUCAGCGGUGCCAUUCCUCCAGAAAUUGGUAACUGCAGAACUUUGCAAAGGCUGCACCUUUCAGGCAACUACUUUGCAUUUGAGUUGCCAAGAGAGAUUGGUAACCUCUCACAGUUGGUGACCUUUAAUGUCUCAUCAAAUUUACUCUCUGGAAGGGUACCACCUGAAAUUUUCAAUUGCAGAAUGCUUCAGCGACUUGAUCUUAGUAAUAACAACUUUUCGGAUGCCUUACCAAGUGAGAUAGGAACACUUUCUCAGUUGGAGCUUCUCAAGCUUUCUGAAAACAAUCUUUCUGGGAAUAUACCAGGUGCGGUGGGAAACCUCUUGCGUUUGACAGAGCUACAAAUGGGUGGCAACUCAUUUUCUGGCGUUAUCCCAGCUGAGUUGGGUGCCCUUUCAAGCUUGCAGAUUGCAUUAAAUCUCAGUUAUAAUAACCUUUCUGGGGAGAUACCUCCUCAACUUGGAAACCUCAUUUUACUGGAAUUCCUUCUGCUUAAUAACAACAAUUUGACUGGUGAUAUUCCAGGUUCUUUUGAGAGUCUCAAAAGUCUACUUGGCUGCAACUUCUCAUUCAAUGGCUUGACGGGGCCAAUUCCUCGUUUACCACUCUUUCAGAACAUGCCUGCUAACAGCUUUUCUGGGAACAAAGGUCUCUGUGGUGGACCUCUAGGUGACUGCGGAACACCACCAUCUUCACUCUCUUUUCCUCAAGAUAUGGUGAAGAAAAGUAGCCUCUUAGGUAAAAUUGUUGCUAUUAUUUCGGCAGCUAUUGGUGGUGUUUCUCUCAUUUUAAUUGUAGUCCUUAUAUAUGUCAUGAGACGUCCUGUAGACGUUGCUUCUUUGCAAGAAAAACCAUGCUCUUCUCCAGUUCUGGACACCUACUUUUCAUCAAAGGCAGGGUUCACUUUCGAAGACUUGGUUAUGGUGACUGAAAAUUUUGACGAAAGCUUUGAAAUUGGAAGAGGAGCUUGUGGAACCGUGUACAAAGCAGUCUUGCCAACUGGUCAUACAAUCGCUGUUAAGAAGGUUAUAUCCAACAGGGAGGGGAACAAUGUGGAUAAUAGUUUCCAUGCUGAAAUUCUUACUUUAGGAAAAAUCAGGCAUCGGAAUAUUGUAAAGCUGUAUGGUUUCUGCUACCACCAGGGUUCCAAUCUUCUGCUCUAUGAGUACAUGGAAAGGGGCAGCUUGGGUGAAUUGCUUCAUGGAACAUCUUGUAGUCUUGAUUGGAUAACCAGGUUCAUGAUUGCUCUCGGGGCUGCUCAGGGUCUCGCUUAUUUGCAUCAUGAUUGCAAACCUAUGAUCUUUCACCGUGACAUAAAGUCCAACAACAUUCUUCUUGAUGAUAAGUUUGAAGCUCAUGUUGGAGAUUUUGGCCUGGCAAAGGUGAUUGACAUGCCACAAUCUAAGUCUAUGUCAGCCGUUGCAGGUUCUUAUGGAUAUAUAGCCCCUGAGUAUGCAUACACUUUGAAAGUCACAGAAAAAUGUGACAUCUACAGCUAUGGAGUGGUCCUUCUGGAGUUGCUGACUGGCAGAACACCUGUACAAUCAAUAGAUCAAGGGGGUGACCUGGUAACAUGGGUAAGAAAUUAUUUUCUGCACCAUUCAUUGUCGUCAGGAGUGUUCGAUGGUCGAUUAAAUUUAGAAGAUGAAGCCACUGUCUCUCACAUGAUCACAGUCUUGAAAAUUGCUUUGCUGUGCACAAGUAUGUCCCCCUCGGACCGCCCAACCAUGAGAGAAGUUGUUUCCAUGCUCAUUGGCUCCAAUGAGAGGGAAGCACACUUUGAUAAUGAUACCAAUUCCAGUGAUAUUGAAUCUCAUUUUGAUUAAUCAGGAUUCCUCUUUAAUUAGUUUGCCAAUUAUAUAUUUAUAUACAUAUUCAUCCUUGUAUUAUUUAAACAAGUAUAUAAUUAAUAAACU